AUGAAUCCUUGGUCAAUCACGCAGGGACAUCCGUUCUCGGUGGUAUGGUGGCAUGAAGAGCCCAGACUUCCCACUGAUCCAUCAAACGAUGAAGAGCUUGGAAGAGAACUUUCCAUACUUGGACGGAGUGGCACGGCAAGUGCAGAGAGCAUAAUGGAGCCUAUAACUGAAAGACCAUUCACGUUCUGGUUACUCAUCCAGCCACGGUGGGGUCUAACGAAACAUCUUGCUGCCUACGGGUCCUCAACAAAAUUACGAGCCAUUGUUGAUGGACCUUAUGGUGGAAACUAUGAUCUCAAGGAGUAUGGCCAUGUCAUUAUGUUUGCGCAAGGUAUUGGAAUUGCGGCCCAAAUACCCUAUAUACGUUAUCUCUUAUACGGAUCGCUACGCGGAGAGCUGCCGGUCCGUCGAAUUUCACUGAUAUGGGAAACGCAUUCUUGUAACUUAGCCACAGUCUCUCCGUGGAUGAGACAUCUUUUAAUGGAAGAUUUUGAUAACUAUACCAAGACUCUGAUGCUCAAUAUCAAACUAUACAUCCCGGACGUGAUGAACAAUGAACAGUACGGUCGUCGUGUGAGAAGCUUUGCGCAUCGGGUGAAUAUCAAGGAAGUCUUGCCAAAGGAACUCCAGCAUGAUCGGGGAAAGAUUCUGAUAACAGGUUUGCACUGUCAUCACAUCCUGGAUGUAUCCAAUCUAAUGAGAAAAGCAUCCGCAGUAUGCCCAGAUUCAUUACAUGCUGCAUCCGGCCCGUUGCCAUUAUUAGAUUAUCACAGAAGGCUACACGUGCUUGCAGGUCCCUUAAUCCUCGAGACUUUUUACGCUGUUCAAAAUAAUGCAACAGAGGGCCACAAGGCAAAAGCUGCUCUGCAACAAAUAUCAGCCAUCAAUGCUCAAAUCCGACGGGGAAACUCUGAAAGCAACCUACAAAUUGAACUGGGUGUUAUCGAUAUAGACAUUUUUACCUAUGCGUGGUCUGGCCCGGGCCUUGGGUACUACCUAUACGAUUUCUGCCGGCUGCAACAUUACCCUGUUGAGUGGGCACGCCAACCUCCUCAGCUACAUUGUGUGUACCGACCUUAUAAAAGUCGUUACUGGGACGAUUGCAAUUGGCACACCCCAAAGCUCUUAUUCAGCUUCGUCUGGCAGUUGCGAAAAGCCCGGGAAACACCAGAGAUCAUCGAUGAUCAAGAGACUAUAAUUCUCCAACAUGGGUUGACGUUCAAUCGACUAGUUGUUAAACUUCACUCGCUACACGGAAAUAUAAAUUCAAUGGUGGGACUCAUACAAACCGACGAUAUUCUCCAGUAUCUCAAGGAUCUAGCAAACUCCCUCAAUAGCGAAGACCGGCUUGGAUAUGAAAAGAUACGCGAUGAUCUCCGCAAGACUUGUAUUUUGCACGGGUAUCCUUGUUUGUGGAUUCCGGGCACAUACUCACAGGAAACUGCAAGCAAAGAAAAGCCUCUUACGUUGGGAAUAUUCGCAGGCCUCACAUGA